CUAUCAGUGCCUGAUUGUGUUCCUUACAGAGAGCCCCAGGGAAGUGACUGCUUGGGCCACAAGAUCCUAGCGAUGGAGGAUGUCCCUGAGGACACUUCGAUGCACCGGCUGGAAGGAGCUGAUCUGGAGACACAGGUUGGAGGCUUGAUCAUCAAGAAGAAAAGUGCCUGCACCGAGCAGCAUGUCUUCAAAGCUCCUGCCCCCCGCACCUCACUGCUAGGGUUGGACUUGCUGGCUGCACAGAAGCGCAGGGAGCGAGAGGAGAAGGAAGACUCAGAGGACAAGAAGAAGUCCAAAGUCUCCUCCUACAAAGACUGGGAGGAGGCCAAAGAUGACUUGGGAGGCUCUGAGGAGGAGGGGAGCGAGAGGGCCAGCAGGAGCAGCCGGCAGGACAGGCAUUACCGCUCUGCCCACGUGGAGACACCGUCCCACACUGGGGGGGUCAGUGAGGAAUUCUGGGAGCGCAGCCGGCAGCGGGAGCGGGAACGGCGAGAGCACGGCGUCUAUGCCUCCUCCAAGGAGGAGAAGGAGCACAAGCGUGGGCGCAAUAGAGAGCGGGACCACGACCGCAAACGGGACCGAGAGGAGCGGGACAGGAGCCGUCAUAGCAGCAGCCGGUCAGAGAAGGAUGGCUUGUCAGAGAGGGGCAGCAGCAGGAGGGGCGAACCAGAGAGCCCCAGACACCGACCUAAGGAUGCAGCCACGCCAUCUCGGUCAAGCUGGGAGGAAGAAGACAGCGGCUAUGGCAGCUCACGGCGCUCGCAGUGGGAGUCGCCCUCCCCGACGCCUUCCUAUAGGGACUCCGAGCGCGACCGCAGCCAUCGAGCAUCCUCCGCUCGUGAUGCAGACAGGAGGGACCGGGACAGGUCAGUGAAGAACAAGUACCCGGAUGAGACACCGCUGCCCACCCCUUCCUACAAAUACAAUGAAUGGGCUGAUGACCGGAGGCACCUGGGGGCCACGCCACGGCUUUCCAGGGGCAAAGGGAGGCGUGAAGAUGCAGAAGAGGGUAUUUCCUUUGAGACAGAGGAGGAGCGGCAGCAGUGGGAGGAUGACCAACGGCAAGCCGACCGGGACUGGUACAUGAUGGAUGAGGGUUACGACGAGUUCCACAACCCCUUGGCCUACUCGUCGGAGGAGUACGUGAAGAAGCGGGAGCAGCACUUGCACAAGCAGAAGCAGAAGCGCAUCUCUGCACAGCGGAGGCAGAUCAAUGAGGACAAUGAGCGCUGGGAGACCAAUCGCAUGCUGACGAGCGGGGUGGUCCAUCGGCUAGAGGUGGAUGAGGACUUUGAGGAAGAUAACGCAGCCAAAGUGCACUUGCUGGUGCACAACUUGGUGCCCCCAUUCUUGGAUGGGAGAAUCGUCUUCACCAAGCAGCCAGAGCCAGUCAUCCCGGUCAAGGAUGCCACUUCGGAUUUGGCAAUCAUCGCCCGCAAAGGCAGCCAGCUGGUGCGCAAACACAGGGAACAGAAGGAACGCAAGAAGGCUCAGCACAAGCACUGGGAGCUGGCUGGCACCAAACUGGGAGACAUUAUGGGCAUCAAGAAAGAGAAGGAGCCAGACCAGACUCUGACAGAAGAUGGCAAGGUGGAUUACAGGACAGAGCAGAAGUUUGCUGAUCACAUGAAGGAGAAGAGCGAGGCCAGCAGUGAGUUUGCUAAGAAGAAGUCGAUUGUGGAGCAGAGGCAGUAUCUGCCCAUCUUUGCUGUGCAGCAGGAGCUGCUCACCAUCAUCAGGGAUAACAGCAUUGUCAUUGUGGUGGGGGAGACAGGGAGUGGCAAGACCACCCAGCUGACUCAGUACCUGCAUGAGGACGGCUACACCGACUACGGCAUGAUCGGCUGCACCCAGCCCCGCAGGGUGGCUGCCAUGUCAGUAGCCAAGCGGGUCAGCGAGGAGAUGGGCGUGAGCCUGGGAGAAGAGGUGGGCUAUGCCAUCCGCUUUGAGGACUGCACAUCAGAGAACACGGUCAUCAAGUACAUGACGGACGGGAUCCUGCUGCGGGAGUCCCUGCGGGAGGCCGACCUAGACCAUUACAGUGCCAUCAUCAUGGACGAGGCGCACGAGCGCUCGCUCAACACGGACGUGCUCUUUGGCCUGCUGCGGGAGGUGGUGGCACGGCGCGCGGACCUGAAGCUCAUCGUCACCUCGGCCACCAUGGACGCAGAGAAGUUUGCCUCCUUCUUUGGGAACGUUCCCAUCUUCCACAUUCCUGGCCGCACCUUCCCUGUUGAUGUCCUGUUCAGCAAGGUGCCUGACGUGACGUAUGAGGCGCUUGCAAGGAAGCAGGCCCUGCAGUGCAGCUGUCUGGGGGCCCCUGGAGACAUCCUCAUCUUCAUGCGCGGGCCAGAUGAGGAACAUGAGGUGACCUCGAGUGGCCUUAGCGCAGCCCACCCCCUCCUGCCCCCAGGUCUCAACCCCCGCAUAGGCAUGGGACGCCCUGCAGAUUACUCCCGAUCAGCCAAGCCACGCAACCAGAGUCGGUCGUGCUGGCCGGGACGGGCCCAGGUCAGUGCUUCAUGGUGCCUGACCUCAACGGGGGCGCCCUGGAUGGUAGAGUUCCAUGGACCGCGCAACGCUCUCCAGAUGCUCAUUGUCUCCUGGACUGGGCGUGCAGCUCCUCGAGAUCUCGCUCUAUGUCUCAUGCUCUCUGUGCCGCCGCUCUCUACCGGCCCGAAGUGCUGGGCUGAGGGGGUGUUGGUGCCUGGGAAGGGGAGGUGGGACCCGUGGCUGGCCUGCCCGUGCCCUCUCUCCCCCCAGGAGUACAUGCAGUGCGUCACGUCCGUGGAUGGAGAGUGGCUCGCAGAGCUGGGCCCCAUGUUCUACAGCAUCAAGCAUGCAGGGAAGUCGCGCCAGGAGAAUCGCCGUCGGGCCAAGGAGGAGGUGUCUGCCAUGGAGGAGGAGAUGGCUCUGGCUGAGGAGCAGCUGCGAGCACGCCGGGAAGAGCAGGAGCGCCGCAACCCGCUGGGCAGCGUGAGGUCUUUGAAGAUCUAUACUCCGGGGCGAAAGGAGCAGGGGGAGCCCAUGACGCCACGCCGCACUCCUGCCCGCUUCGGCCUGUGAGCAGGCGCUUCCCUGUGCUAGCCUGGAGCUGAUGGAUUCCCUGCGGGGGGGCUGUCCCCCGCUGUGUGUAAAUGUGACUCUGGGGUGCUGGGGCCCCGCCCCGCCCCGGCACCUGCACACACCUUGGCACUGUUUGCUACAGAGGAGAAAUAAUUUUAUUUGUAUAAAUGUCAGUGGCCUCCA